AUGUGGGGCACGCUGGGGCCGUCCAAAUCAACAUCGCCGUGCUAUCAAGACGGAUUUUCACAUUCUCUUCACGACUACCCAUUCCUCAACAGACGCCUGCAGCCGGCGCAGAGCAAAUACACAUCAUGGCACGCGCGAAAUUCGGAAAAGGCGCAGUCGAUGCUGUUUCGCUUCCGCGAGGCGCAGGCCGCCGACCUGGGCAUCGUCGACACGGGCCGCGCGCGGCGCCCGCGCGUCAUCACCGAGGUCGAGUCGAUCCCCGUGUGCGAGAAGUGGCGCGGGCAGGUGCUCAAGGAGAUUUCGCGCAAGGUCUCGCGGAUCCACGAGCCGGUGCUGAGCGACUACCAGGUCCGCGACCUCAACGACGAGAUCAACAAGCUGAUGCGCGAGAAGCACAUGUGGGAGGUGCAGAUACGGAACCUGGGGGGGCCCAACUACAUGCGCGGCGGCGGCAAGGUGUAUGACGAACAGGGGCGCGAGGUGCCGGGCGGCGGCAAGGGGUACCGCUACUUUGGCCGCGCCAAGGACCUGCCGGGCGUCAAGGAGCUGUUUGAGGCGGCGGCGGCCAAGAGUGCCGAGAGUAGCGGGAAGCCGCUGGAGACGAGCAAGGACCUGCGACGGCUGGUGGACGCGGCGUACUAUGGCUACGCGCCGGACGAGGAGGACGAGGGGCUGCUGCGGUACGAGGCGGAAAAGGAGCGGCAGGCCAUGGAGAAUCUGCUGGGAAAUGGUGUGCUGGAACCGCCGGAAGACUGGGAGCCGCUGCCAGGCGAUUCGGGGGAUGGGCAUGUCGUGAGCUUGCCAUCGCUGGAAGAGGUGCAGGAGGAGCUGAUUGAUCGCCGGCGGCGAAAGCUACUGGAGCAGCUGUGA